UAGAGGUGGACUAUCCUCCCCCACCCCCAGGCUCUCUCUCUAUCAUUGCAUUGCCUGCCCUUAGCUGAAGGUGAAUAGCUCAGAACCCUAGUUGGAAGAAAGUAAAGGAUUCUCUGGGAGCUCAGCAAAUUGCCACAGGCCUGAUCAAUGAGCCAAACGUACAUGGGACCUAUCCACAUUUGAUAUCCUCCUGAUUUAUUUGUCCCUCUUCUCAUCUUGCCCCUCAAAAAGAGGCUGUGGGUAAGGCCAUGUCAUGGAUCAAAGAAGGAGAGUUGACCAUCAUAGAGAGAUUUUGUGCCAACAUUAUAAAGGCAGGUCCGAUGCCCAAGCAUGUCGCAUUCAUCAUGGAUGGGAAUCGCCGUUAUGCUCAGAAGUGCCACGUGAAGAGGCAGCAGGGGCAUUCAGAGGGCUUCGACAAACUGGCACAGACACUGCGGUGGUGCUUGAAUCUGGAUAUCCGGGAGGUCACGGUUUAUGCAUUUAGCAUUGAGAACUUUAAACGCUCCGAGGAGGAGGUGGAUGGGCUGAUGGAGCUGGCGAGGCAAAAAUUUAGCCGCCUGCUGGAAGAACAGGAGAAUUUGAAGAAGCAUGGUGUGCGUAUCCGUGUCCUUGGGGACCUGCCACUUCUGCCACUGGAUAUUCAGGAAUUGAUUGCCCAGGCUGUGCUGGCAACCAGGAACUACAACAAAUGUUUCCUGAAUGUCUGCUUUGCAUACACGUCAAGACAUGAAAUCAGCAAUGCAGUGAGAGAGAUGGCCUGGGGAGUGGAACAAGGACUACUUGAACCUAGCGAUGUGUCAGAGUCAUUGCUCGAUAAAUGUCUCUACACCAACAACUCCCCCAACCCAGACCUCCUGAUACGAACCUCUGGAGAGGUCCGGCUUAGUGACUUCUUGCUCUGGCAGACAUCCCACUCAUGCUUGGUCUUUCAGUCUGUGCUGUGGCCAGAAUAUUCCUUCUGGAACUUGUGUGAGGCUAUCCUUCGGUUCCAGAUGAACCACAGCGCUUUACAGAAGGCCAGAGAUUUGCACAUGGAGGAACUGAAGUGGCAGCAGCUGGAAAGUGAUCAGGCUUAUGUAACAAACAAGCUGCAACAGGAAGGGUCUGCAUCCCAUGGAGACUCUCAGCGCCGACGGACACUAUUGCAGAAAUACACUGCUCUGCGGGAAGAGAGAAUCCAGGGCUUUCUGCAGGCCCUAGAGCACAAAAGAGUGGACUUCCUUGAAAGAUUGUGUACAGUGUCUGCAUGACCUGGAUAGGCCUUGUGACGGUGAAUAUGAGCAGUGUUAGAAAUAACACUAC